GAGUAGGAUGAGGUGUACACUUUGGAAGUAUGAAUGAACAGCCAGCAUGCAUUGUAAUAAUAGUCUGCAGGAUCCUGCAAGUCUCCACCUCUCCUAAGUUUAACCUAUAACUGCCAAGCUCCAUUAAAUCUAACAACACACUGUGGACAGCCUGCCUUCAGGAACACAUUAGUAUGUGAUCAGACUGAGCACUGCGUUCCCCAGCAACAGCAGCCCCUGUGUUACACAUGCAGUGCUGACACCGGCCAGAGAACAGUCCCUUCUCAUCACAGCUGAAGUGUAACUUCUUCCAAAACUUAUCCUGCGCCCAACGUCGACUUGUCCUGGAGGGAUGGCUCAUAGAUGGUACUGCGCCCUGGGAUGCCUUCUGGCUCUGGUCUAUGGAGACAAGCUGUGGAAUGUACCAGUCUCACCAGAACAGUUUCUUACCCCUGGGAAGCUGAACCGGGAGCCUCAAUGUCAAUACCAACUGCGCCACCUACAGGACGGAGCCCGUAUAUCCGCGGUCUUGCCUCCUAACAUAGAAGGUCACUGGAUCUCCACAGGAUGUGAAGUUCGACCUGGCCCAGAAUUCCUUACAAGGUCCUACACCUUCUACCCUAAUCGUUUGAUCAAGGCUCUCCAGUUCUAUUACACAGACCCCCAGUGUCAUCACCCUUCCUACUCUCUGGUGAUCAAGGGAAAACUGCGACUACGCCAAGCAUCCUGGAUUACAAGGGGGGCCACCGAGGCUGAUUACAACCUGCACAAAGUGGGGAUUGUGUUCUACAGUCAGGAAGCCAUGAGUAACAUCAGAGCCCAGAUGAACAGGACCUGCUCUGGCUUUGUGUCCACUGGGAGGACAUGGGCACCCGGGAGGGUAUAUGAGCUUCUUAGCGCCAAGCUGAACAGAGACUGCACUGCUGCCAUCACCUUCUCAAUGCAUGAGUUAAGUCUAGUGAGACUGGAGAAACAAUACAACGGACAUCUGGGGGGAGGACUGGUGGAGAAGCUGUUUCUGGGAGACACUCAUACGGAUCGGUUGGAAAGGGCGCACUACCGGCCAAAUGGAUACCAGCAGCCGCUACAGAGCGCUUUGCACCACGUCCACCCAUGCCUCGUCUGCGGGACAAUAUACAAUGCCGACGAGCACCACCCACCUGUCUUGCCUUCCACUGCGCAGCCUCCGGCCCACCUCCGAGGCGAAUGGGUUAGCAGCCAAUGCGAAGUGCGCCCAAACGUACUCUUCCUCACUCGUUACCUGAUGUUCCACUCAGAUAACCGCUCCUGGGAAGGGCUCUACUACCACUACGCGGACCCUCUCUGCAAGCAGCCAACUUUCACUCUGCGUGCUGCUGGUUUCUACACUAAAGGCAUUUGCUCCGAGCGAGUGAAGGGCGGCACGGAGUUGACCUUUACAGUUAACAAAGUAUGGGUUAAACCACUAAACCAGGUCAUCUUACAGAUGUUGAACACUUCACGGCCUGGAAGCUGUGGCGAGGCCGGUUCGUGGACCAUAGGGGAAGAGCAAGACAUUUCGGUCACGGGAGGUUGUACUGCCCUGGGUGUCAGCCUCCCCCACACUGAAUAUGAAUUAUUUAAAAUUGAGCAGGACAACCAUAGCCGUCUUCUUCUUUACAUGGGCGAAAGGCCUACAGACGGGUCCAGUCCGUCAAUACCUCAAAAGAGGCCAACAUCCUACCAGCCUCCUCUCAUCCAGUGUUCUGGGGAGUCCACGGAGCCCCUGAAGCAAAGCUUCCGUACAGACAAUGCAUCGAACCUUGCAGCUUUGCCUAGGCCUCAUUGUUGGGCCUUGCUCUCAAUGUUUAUUGUAUUACAUAUUUAUAUAAGACAGAACUGAAUCAUUGCGUCUGUUUUGUCAGGUGCAGAUCUCUGAUAUACUAGGACACACUAAGUCUUCCUCUAAAAAAGAUACGUCGAGGUUUUUGCUUUUCUUGGUAUUGUUUUAAGAUACUGUACAUAGUAUUUUAUCUUAGCUAAUGCACAUGCUGAAAAAAAAAUAUUUUUUUUGUAAAAAGUCCCAGUGCUGAGGAGGUUUCCCUAUACCAAAGCCAGAAACUGAACAAAAAUGGCUUUUGA